AUGAAUUCGGAUCUCGAACUUUUUCUGUAUCCAAAUGAAAAUGGAUUCAUUGGAAAACUUACAUUAAACUUAUCGGAUGAUAGCAAUAUCAAUGAAAGUCUUCUAUCAAAAUCAAAUGUUUAUACCAUCGUCAUUCUCGAUCGUUCUGGUUCUAUGGGUAAUUCUGUGCCCAGAUUUGUCAAUGAAAUUUUACCUCUAAUUUUCAAAUCUUUAAAUUAUGAUAACAAUGACAUAAUCACAUUAAUUACAUUCGAUAGUACUCCUAAUAAAUAUACGAUUCCAAUCAAACAAUUAGCUGAUUACAAAAUCAAAUGUCAAGGUCAAACAUUCAUGGCACCAGGUAUUACAAUGUUAACUCAAUUUAUUCGAAAUGAAUUACCAAAAGAUUGUAAUGCUUUACGAUUAUUAACCAUAUCCGAUGGAGAAGUUCAUGAUCAAAACCAAGUACAAACAGCAGCAGCUCAAUUAACAUCAUUAAUUAAAAAUGAUUUUAUUAUUAAUUCACAAGCUGUUCGACUUUUCACGUCAUCUUCUCAACCAGAUACACGAGCUGUUUCAAGUCUUUUACAAUUAAAUAAUGUAUCAAAUGUAAAUUUACUUGAUUUAAAAACAAGUUUAACUAAUAUGGAAAUUUCGGCUACAAUAGCUAGUCUAUUUUCUGGAGAUUCAUUGAAUCGACAUGCUAUACUUAAAUCAGAAGAAACUAUUCUGAAAAGUACUCCAUGGCAAACUUCAAGUUAUGAUACAAUAUCAUUAUUUCCUGGUGAAAAUUUAUUUUGGCUAAAUAAAUUACCAACAGGAAAUUUAAUUGUGGGUCAAAAAAAUGUUAAAAUUCAUAUGCAAGAAGGUUUAACUGUUGAUACAUAUGAAAAAUUAUUGAAAACAAAAAUUGAAUAUUAUAUAAAUCAGUUAAAAAUUCUUAAAAUUGUUAAUACAGUUGAAUCACAAAAUGAAAUAAAUGACAUUAUGAAUUAUUUUCAAGGUAUUGAAAAUUCUCUAUUGUCGAAUGAAAAAGAUGUUAACAUUUUACUUAAUGAUUCAAGUUUACGUGCUCGUUUACAAUAUUUAAAAACUUCAAUUAUUCGUAAAAAGAAAUCAUUUGUUAUGCGAAUGUCACAAAUAGCUAAUGAUGAUAAAGUUUCUCAAUUAAAUUCUGCACAACAAGCAGAAUAUUUACGUGCUUUAGAUAAUACUUCGAAAAAUGCACGUGGUUUAGCUCGACGUGCUGUAACACAAGGUUUAGAUUUUAAUGAAAUUCUUCGUAAAGAAGUUCGAAAAAUGGCUGAACAUAUUCAAGAAUUAGCUGAUAUUGAUGAUAGUAAUCAUUUAGUAUCAUUUUUUUCUCAAGAUACUACACUUGGUGGAAUUCGAACGGUUUGUCAAUUAGUGACUGAUGACAUGUUGGAUGAUGUUAGUGCUAAUGAUAUUUUACGAAUGAUUAAUAUAGUAGGAGUUGCUUGUUCGGGUCCAAUAGGUGAAUUUCCAGAUCCGAUGACAUGGCGUGUCAAUGAAUUAUUUUUAGGUUGUUAUGUUAGUUUAUCUGAUGUUUUAACAGCUUUUAUGCAAUCAAGAGGCCAGCAAUUACAAACACCGGCUACAAAUAAAGUGAUUACGAAUGUAAUUCCGAUUAUUGAAAAUGAACAGAUUGCUCAAUUUUUAUAUAAGAAUGCUCCUUCAUUAUUGGAAUAUACAUGUUCUAUUGGUAUGAGACGUUUAUUGGCUGAUGUUCCUAUGACUGGUGGUUAUACUAUUUGUGCUGGUGUUUGGAAAUUAGUCGAAGAUUUAAACGAGAAUAAAUCAGAAUUACAUUUAAAAACUUUUGAUCAACUAGUGAAAACUUAUGAAAUAGUUGUUGGAAAUUAUUUUCAACAUAUAAUGCCUUAUAUCAAAGAACAAGAUGAUCGAUUAUUAUCUUACUAUAUUGCAAAUAAUGGAACAACAAAUAUGAUAAGUCCAUUUAUUAAAUUAUAUCGUGAAAAUAAUGGUAAAAAAUUAGAACAAAUACCAAAAAUCUUACGUGCUUUAUAUACAUAUGAAAUUUGGCAAGCUAUUCGAAAACAAUAUAAAAAUCGUGAUGAUUCAGAUUUAAUAGCACAAAAAAUGCUCGAUCAAUUAAUUGGACUUGAUUUAAAUAAAUAUAAAACUUUAGUUCAGCCAUUAUUUGAAAAUGAACCAACAUUAGAUGAAAUACAAUUUCAUGAUCAAAUACAUAUUGAUGAAUCGUAUCUAGAUGAAUUACUUGAAACGGUUUAUUAUGUUGAUUAUAUUACUUUACUACCAAAAUAUAUUUCUGCUGUUAUUAAUAACAAUAUUGAUAAUAUCAAAGAUAUUCCUAUCAUUAAUCAAAACUUCAUCUGUGAAACAUUAGAAAUAAAUUAUGAUAUAAAAACGUUUAAGUUUUAUAAUGUUGUUCAAGCACUUCUCUUUACUAGUAAAGCUAGUCGAGUUAAUAGUGAUAAUGAAAAGAUGAAAAUUAUUGAUUUAAUAGAUGAGAAAGCAGCAAAAAAGAUGGUACAAGAUUAUAUUCGUAAACGAUUUGAAAAUCAAUAUGCUACUGAUUUAGCUGUAAAAGGACGUUCAGAACGUGCUGAAUUAGUUGUUCAAUUAGUUCAAGCAAUUAUACAAUCUCGAGAUCAUAAUGAAAUGAUUAAAUUAAUGCGAGAUGGUUUAACACAUGGAAAGAUUCAUUUAGCAAUUACAAAUUCUUCAAGUUUGGGAUUUAUUGAAUUAAAAAAUAAAUUAUUAAAUCUAAAUGAAAAGAUUCCUCGACGUUUGGAUAUUAUUAAAGUAUUUUUAUUAGGACGAGAUUAUAAAAAUAAUGAUGAACAUGUUUGGAACAAUGGAAAUGUUUUGUUUACAUCGAAUUUAGGUGAUUUUGAGAAAAUAUUUGUUACCUUAGGUUUUGCUAAUGAAUGGGAAAAAGUUAAAGCUGAAUAUAUGAAACGUAAUUUACAUAUUUAUCGAGAUGGAUUUAAUCGUCAUGGACAUGGAAAUACAAAACCGUCGUAUUGGGCAUAUGGAUUUAUGACAUUACAAUUAUAUAAAGAUAAUGUUCCAGCUGAUGUUUUUGAAGAAUAUUGUAAAAUUCAUCAUGAUUGUUGUGGAGUAUCACAAAUUAUGGGACUAUUGAAGUAA